AUCCCUUUGUUUACAUUAUAGAUUACAUCACACCGGUGUCCUUUAAUCUCCACACACCGCAGCUAUAUGGAAAGGUAUUUGGCAUAAGUAUAAAUACACACUGAGGUGGAAUAUUUAACACCUCCACGCUCCCCCCUCCUCCUCCCCCGGCCCAUCAUGGCGGCCCUGAGCGGGACGGGGCCAACCAGAGGAGGGAGGAGCGGCAUGCCGCCAUGACGUCAGCCAGGAAUGAGGGAGUGAAUGUUCCGGGUCAGAAACUGGACGGGAGAGGAAAUUAACUCCGGCAGAGGAGAUCAAACUAAACCCGAAAAGCGUCAGAAUGCCUCGCUGCGCCGCGGUGACACGUCUCCUGUUGUUUUCACGCGGGGUUUACGUGUUUUAAAAGCGGCGGAUGGUCGCCGUGAAGCGACGAAGAAGACGAGAGGAGAAAAAAAAAAAGAAGAAAAAACAGGUGCCUGGAAAAAAAGCUGCAAAGUGAGACAACGGAGGAGAGUUGAACUCAUGUUCUCGGCGACUUGGCGAACAGUGGCUGGCUAGCUAAAGUUAGUUUUUAUUUAUUUAUUUUACGACGGAAGUUUGGCGGUGGUGAGCUUUGCUUCGCGCCUGUGCUUUCAGCGGGUAGUCGGGCCGUCCCGCUGUAGCAAUCUGUUGCAUCCCCCUCCUCCUCCCGCUGCUGCUGCUCCCGGGUGCUGCUUGUUUAUCGCAGGGAUACGAGAUUUAUUCCCACCACCUCCCCCGUGAUGUUUCACUGCAUACCCCUUUGGCGGUGCAACCGCCACGUUGAAGUGAUCGAUAAUCGCCACUGCUCCCUCCUCUAUGUGCCCGACGAGAUUUUUCGCUAUGCGCGGAGUUUGGAGGAGCUGCUGCUGGAUGCCAACCAACUCAAACAACUGCCAGCGGAAUUAUUCCGCCUAGUAAAACUGCGAAAAUUCACUGCAAGUGACAAUGAGAUCCAAGUCAUUCCACCGGAAAUAGCCAACUUUAUCCAGCUGGUAGAACUGGAUGUAUCUCGAAAUGAUAUAUAUGAAAUUCCUGACAGCAUUUCGUACUGUAAAGCCCUCCAAGUGGCAGAUUUCAGUGGAAAUCCAAUAGCAAGGUUACCCGUAAGCUUUCCAGAGCUACGGAACUUGGUGUGCCUUUCCAUCAACGAUAUUUCUCUACAGUGUCUUCCAGACAACUUUGGAAACCUCUCCAAUUUAGUAUCCUUAGAACUAAGAGACAAUAUCCUGACAUUCCUGCCUGAUUCGUUGUCUGAGCUUCACAAACUCGAAGGACUCGACUUGGGCAGUAACGAACUGGUAGAAUUGCCUAAGUCUAUAGGCAAUCUUUCCAAGUUGAAGGAACUGUGGCUUGAUGGAAACCAGUUGAUUGAACUUCCUGCAACAAUCUGCUGCAUCAGAAACCUGAUGUGUCUGGAUGUGUCGGAAAACAAGCUGGAAGGACUUCCUCAGGAGUUGGGAGGCCUUGAGAAUCUCACGGACCUGCUAGUGUCGGAGAACUCCAUUGAAGUUAUUCCUGAAAGCAUUGGAAAACUACAGAAACUUUCUAUACUCAAAGUUGACCAGAACAGACUAAGUUGUCUUCCGGAGAGCAUUGGCAGUUGUGAAAGUCUUACAGAACUCAUCCUCACAGAAAACCAAAUAAAGAGUUUGCCUCGGAGCAUCGGGAAGCUGAAGAAACUGUUGAACCUAAACUGUGACAGAAACCAGCUAACGUCGUUACCUAAGGAGAUCGGAGGCUGCUGCCGUCUGAAUGUCUUCUGCGUGCGGGAUAACAGACUGACCAGGAUACCUGCAGAGCUGUCACAGGCCACGGAGCUGCACGUGCUCGACGUCUCUGGAAACCGACUUGCCCACCUGCCGCUGUCCCUGACCACGCUCCAGCUCAAGGCCUUGUGGUUGUCAGAAAACCAGUCGCAGCCACUCCUCUCCUUCCAGACAGAUGAGGACCUUGAGUCAGGAGAGAAAGUGCUCACCUGUGUGCUGCUGCCCCAGCAGCCAUGUGAAUCAGACUAUAAAGAAAAUCUUGCUCGCUUUGAAGGCCUGGACAGCCUGGUUAAUGGGAUGGUAGAUGACUCGUGGGCCAACGCCGUGGAUACCAGCAGGAAAAGCACCAUCCAGUUUGCGGAUGAUGAUGAAGACGAUGACGAAGAGGACGAUAAGGUGAGACCUGCAAUCAUGAAUGAACCAAAUAAAUUGAUAAAAACCAAAAGAAAUAAUUUAAUUAUUUUAUUUGAGUUGAUCAAACUUUACAAGUCUCUGUUUGGCAUUCUAUUAACCUUCUGGUUGCAGGAAAAACAUCACUUCUUGUCACUGAAAUUACAUUUUCAGCAGCAGGUGGUGUCUUCUGACUCUCUGCGAGACUGUAGGAAACCUCACGAAUCCUUCAAGCCCAGCUGCCAAAACUGGGCCGCUCCAGGCUGUAGCUGGGUGGCAACAAAAGGCUGUCCUCAAGGGAAGCCUCCAGCGUUUCCUCCCAGCCAGGUAGCAUGUGGUCGUUUCUCCGCCGAGGAAUCUGGACCACCCGAGGAGAGGAAAGCAGGCCUGCAGUCUGAGAGCAAAGCUCCACCUUGUCGAUUUCGCCAUCAAAGACACGAAACUCAAGAGAGCAGGACAUUUUCACAUCCCAGGGCUCUUACUGCAGGGUCUGGUCUCCAUGGAGACCCUAUCUGCCUCACUACAAGGCCAUCAGACGCAGGUUAUGUGAAAUCUGCAGUGACCAAGACGACCCCUCCCCAGGAAUCGUUCAUCUCCCAAGUGCCACUGAAAUUACAGAUCGAGGUGUCCAGCCAGAGGGGCAGUUUGGGCAUCAGUAUUGCAGGUGGAAAUGGCUCUCCGCCUUACAAAGACCAAGAUGAGGACAUUUUCAUUUCCCGGGUAGCUGAAGGGGGGCCGUCGGAGAAGGCAGGAAUCCAUGUUGGAGAUAGAUUGCUGGAGGUCAACGGUCUAAGCAUGCAGGGGGCCACUCACCAAGAGGCCGUCAGCGCCCUCAGGAAUGCUGGGAGCUGCAUUAAAAUGAAAGUUCUCAGAGAGAGGCUGCCUCCCCUGGAGGUGACUGACCUGGACAUGCCUCAGCAUCCUUCAGACGCGGCAGAGCAGCUGCUGGACGGCGCAGGGUGUCCGUCCAGGAAGACUCAGGCAGUCAUUUGCAACGGCCAUGUUACUUCUGACUCUCAGCAGGAUCUUCAUAGGAUCUGCAGGUCUGAAAAAGACACGGAGGUUUCAAAUCAAAACUCAUUUCCACAUGGAAAACACACAAUGACUAUCCCCUGGAUCAUCCUGACUCAUCCUUCUACCUCAGAUGAGGAUGUGGAGCUCCUCACACAGAUCCCCAGCAGAGAAACACGUGGUGACAUUCCCAGUUCUGACAGGAGUGUGUUCUCAGACUGUUUUGACAAAGUCUGAUGGAGCUGAUGGAGAAUGAGGCUACCCUCCUUUUUGUCAGAAAUAAAGCAUCUUUUGUAAUGUCAUUAAAGAUUUUUUUCAAAAUGUUUUUGUGUGUUUUCACUUUGUUGCAGCUAAAAAUGAUUUAUGAAUUUCUCUCAAUAUUGGGAACUGACAUUGCUACGCUAAAAAUAUGACUAGAAUGGUGAAGAAGAGGGAAUCUAACCUUAUAUAGGUAACUUUAUUCCUUCAAGUGUUUGCUUUAAAAGAAAAAAAUCCAACCAUUUCUGGAACUGUCAAUGAGACUUCUACACCAGUUGGCAGGUAUUUUAAUCCAUUCUUUGAUGCCAAAGUGCUGUCAGGUUUGAAGGACGUUUUUUUUUUAUUUUUUAUUUUAUUUUCAUGGGCAGCAGCUCCCUCCCCACACGCUCAACUGGGCUUAGAUGAGAGUUCAUGGAAGGCCAAUUUAUAACAGUGCACUAUUUCGCCUUUGGCCAUUCCUGGGUGCUUUUUGCUGUUUGUGUUUUGGGUUAUUCCCUUCUUUGCUGGUGCGAUCUGACAAGGAUGACCCUGGAAUUGACAUUCAGUGUCUUUGGAGGUUGUUUUUGCCACUUUGGCUACAACUUUGAUUGUCCUUCUCCCUCGAUUUUCCUCUUACAGUCCUUCCUAACAAUAAAAGCAGCCAGAGUCAGUGGAACAUAAAGUCUGAAAUUUAAACAUGUUCAUCAGUGGUUUUACUUUCUAUUAUCUUGAGACAACUCUCUUGUCUUUCUGUGGUCCAGGUGCAGUGUGUGACACUCAAUAACAGACAGAUCAAUGACUGACAAAUAUGAAGACACAAAUGAAAGGACACAUUUGAGCUUGAAGUCACAUUCAAGGCAUUGUUUUUGUCCAGGAAUUUCAUUAAUUCGUUGUUUGAAACAUUUCUAUUGAGGAACAAUUAAAAAAAUGCUUGCUUUUCCAAAAAAAAAAAAAAGUAUUAAAAAUGUAUCAAAA